AUGACACCUUCUCAAGAGACUCAUAUGGAGUGGCACGAUCACUUCCAGCACUACUUUUCAAACAGGGAAAAAGAGCAUCCAUGGAGGCUCGCUUCCAGCUAUGUUUCAAGCGUGAAACAUCUGAGUCAGACUCUGAUGUCUGCUUUGUCUGAAGGACUCGGGCUGGAUUCAAACUGCCUCGCGAAAUCGUUUGGAGACUCAGAGAUGAUCUUGCGAUCAAAUUACUAUCCGCCGUGCCCAAAUCCCGACCUUGCUCUUGGGAUGAAUGGCCACACCGAUAGUGGCGGUUUGACAAUCCUGUUUGAAGAUCAAGUUGGCGGACUCCAGGCCAGGAAAGGUGAUCUCUGGUACGACUUGAAGCCUAUAAAGAAUGCAUUCAUUGUGAACAUCGCUGAUCAGCUUGAAAUUUUGAGCAAUGGAAAAUACAAGAGCAUUGAGCACCGAGUCCUUGUCCAGCCUGAUCAAACUCGUCUCUCCAUCGUGGCAUUUUGCAAUCCAUCACGGGAUGCUAAGCUUAGUGUUGUGGAACAUCGCAGUGUCAGCCUAUGCUCAAAGCAGUGUGUUGAUCGCGCAAAGUUUAUGCUUGAUCAAAAGAAACGUAAUCUCCUGGACUGCUUGAUGUCAUCUGGCGCACAGAACAGCUCCAUUAAUCUUGUGAAUAUCAUGUUCCAGAAAAUGCCUUUCUGCAAUAUCGUCUCCUGGAAUGCUGUUGUUGCAGCAAAUGCCCAACUUGGAUACGUUGAAGAAAUGAACGUGCUUUGA